AUGUCUUCCGACCAGCCCAAGGAGGUGGUCGACACCCAGAACCCAGAGCAGUUCUUUGAAUCCAUCGGGAGCAAGGUAGAAAAGCUUGCGCCCGCGACCGAUGGCGAGCCGACGAACCAGGACGAAGAGCGCAAACCCGUUGAGGAGAUUGAGUCCCUGUGCAUGAACUGCGGAGAGAAUGGUGUCACCCGGCUACUCCUCACCGCGAUCCCAUAUUUCCGCGAAGUCGUCAUCAUGUCCUUCUCCUGCGAACACUGCAACACCCAAAACAACGAGAUUCAGGCUGCUGGAACCGUUCAGCCGCGCGGCACGCACUACGAGCUGCGGUUAACCGAUCUCGCCGACUUCAGCCGUCAGGUGGUCAAGUCGGACACGGCCGUCGUCAAGUUCAUCGAGCUGGACCUCGAGAUCCCCGCCGGCCGCGGCCAGCUCACCAACGUCGAGGGCCUUUUGACGACCGUCAUGGACGAUCUGGAGCUGGGACAGGAGGCGCGCAAGGAGCAGAUGCCCGAGGUCUUCCCCAAGGUGGCCGAGAUCAUCGCCAAGGGCCGCGCCAUGCUCGCGGGCGAGUCGUUCCCCUUCCGCGUCUACGUCGACGACCCGGCGGGCAACUCCUUCAUCGCACCGGACCUCAAGGACGGGGUGGGCAAGUGGGAGAAGCGCGAAUUUGUUCGCACGCCGGAGCAGAACGCCGCCCUCGGCCUCGGCGACAGCGCCGGCGCCGCGGGCCUGUCCAACCCGGGCCUCACCGCCGACGGCGACAUCAUCCCCAACGAGGUCUACAGCUUCCCCGCGUCGUGCCCCGGAUGCAUGCACCCGUGCACGACACACAUGAAGAUGGUGGACAUCCCCCACUUUAAGCAGGUCGUGCUCAUGUCCACCGUCUGCGACGACUGCGGCUACCGCUCCAACGACGUCAAGACGGGCGGCGAGAUCCCCGAGCUCGGCGAGAAGAUCACCCUGACGGUCGAGGACUCGACAGACCUCGCCCGCGACAUUCUCAAGAGCGAAACAUGCGGCCUCGAGUGCCCCGAGCUCAAGCUCCAGGUCAACCCCGGCACCCUCGGCGGUCGCUUCACCACCGUCGAGGGCCUCCUCACGCAGGUGCGCGACGACCUGCGCAGUCAAAUCUUCCAGGCCAAUGGCGCCGCGGGCCAACAGCCGUCGUCCAACACCACCCCCGGCACCGACGGCGGCGACUCCCUCAGCGCCGACGAAAAGGCCCAGUGGGACGACUUCUUCGGGGGGCUCGACGACGCAAUCGCCGGCCGGCGGCCCUUCACCGUCAUCCUCACGGACCCGUUCGCCAGCAGCUUCGUGCAGCCCAACACGGACGAUCCCAGCGCCGACCCCAAGAUCAAGCGGGAGAGGUAUGAGCGCACCGACGAGGAGGAGGAGGAGCUGGGCCUCAAGGACAUGAAGACGGAGGGUUACGAGGAGCCCGCGGCCGAGACGGGGGCAGAGGAUGCGCCGGCGCAAUGA